GUAAAUUAGUUAGCAAACUUAAUUGAUCGUUUGGCUUCGUGAACGCCCGGUUAGUAUAAUUAACUAAGAGUGGUCACAACAAAAAUAAGGAUGUUCCUCACAUUGGUUGUAAUUGCAGCCUUCUGUGUCACCAACGCGCUAGCUAAUUUCACCAGCUACGAAGGCUACAAAAUCUACGAGUUCAAAGCAGAGAAUACAACACAACAGGAGACCCUUGAGAUCUUGGCGCAAAAUGACGCAUAUGACUUCUUCACGCGUCCACGCAUUUUUGGACUCCCGAUACGUGUUCUAGUAGCUCCAGCGGAUCAGCUACAGUUCCAGCAAACAUUGGAGGCGGCCAAAAUCGCUUACACAAUCGUUAAUGAGAAUUUCGGCCAGAGCGUUGAAGUAGAGCGGAAGCUAAACAGUAUGUACCCCAAGCAACGGAAUGCGGCACCUGGUAGCAUUUCGUUUGACGUCUAUCAGCGUUAUGACGUGAUCGCAGCCUAUAUGGAAGAGCUAGCCAAGAGGUAUUCAAGCCGCGUUAAGGUAACGUCGAUCGGUGACUCAUACGAGGGACGUCAACUGCACGCGAUCACUAUCACUAACGGCGAUGGCGCUGCUAAUAAGAAUGUCAUACUAAUGGAUGCGGGUAUACACGCGCGUGAGUGGAUUGCACCGGCCGCUGCGCUGUAUGUCAUCCAGCAGUUGGUGGAGAAUUACAAGCAAAAUUCACGUUUAUUGACUAGUUACGAUUGGAUUAUUGUGCCGCUUCUUAAUCCCGAUGGCUACGAAUACAGUCACACACACGAACGUCUUUGGCGUAAAACACGUAAACCUGUGACCAUAAUUUGCGCCGGUACGGAUGGUAAUCGUAACUUCGAUAUUCAUUGGGGUAAAGUCGGUGCUUCUCAUACCGCUUGCGCGGACACUUUCAGAGGCCAAACGGCCUUCUCAGAACCGGAAACGCAAGCGUUACGCGACUUAAUGCACUCGCUGACCGGUCGUGCGAAAUUCUAUCUCACUCUACACUCGUACGGCAAUUAUUUGCUGUAUCCAUGGGGUUACACUUCUGCUCUGCCUAAAAAUUGGCGCGACAUUGAUGAUAUUGCUCGUGCCGGUGCGGCUGCCAUCAAAACCGCUACGGGCACCGAAUACACUGUGGGCAGCUCGACUAAUGUACUUUAUGCCGCUGCUGGUGGCAGUGAUGAUUAUGCUUUGGGCAAGGCACAAAUUCCCAUUUCAAUAACCAUGGAGUUGCCGUCUGCUGGUCAACAAUUCGAUCCACCGCUAUCGAAAAUUGAGGAACUAGCUUCUGAGACCUGGAUUGGCAUAAAGGCUAUGGCAGAGAAUGUUAUAGAGAAAUACAAAUCAGCAAUUGAAAGAAAGAAACCAAGAAAACUUAGGUUUAAAAAUGUAGGAGAUACACAAACAUGCAUAUACAGUUAAAAA